GUAACGCCUAUGAAGAAGCGUCACUUAGUUUUGAGUGUUUCCGGUUGCGGCGGCCAUCACGAUCCUGUCUUUUAGGAGGCUUGAUCCUUGACGAGAAAGUAGGAACUAUUUUGAAAGAUGGCUGGGCGACGUGCUGCGGUUAAGGCUAUUGACUGGCUGGCCUUCGCUGAGAGGGUUCCACCUAACCAGAGAACCAUGUUCAACAACCUGAAGACUCGCAGUGAUGCCAUCGCUGCUAAACUCGCCUCGCUGCCAGAGAAGCCGACCCCCAUUGACUGGACCUAUUACAGAAAGACGAUAGCUAAAGCAGGCAUGGUGGAUGAGUUUGAAAAGAAGUUUGCUGCUUUGACAGUUCCUGAGCCUGUGGACACCCAGACAGCUAAGAUAAACACACAGGAGCAGGAGGCUAACAAAAGUGCUGCAGCCUAUAUUGAAGCAUCCAAGGCUCGUAUUUCCCAGUAUGAAAAAGAGCUUGAGAAGUUCAGGAACAUGAUUCCCUUUGACCAGAUGACCAUUGAAGACCUCAAUGAAGCUUUCCCUGAGACCAAGCUGGACAAGGAGAAACAUCCAUACUGGCCACACAAGCCUAUUGCUGAAUUGUAAUUGUAAAGAUCAAUUGUUUAUAAGUUAAUAAAACAUUAAAUUCUGAAUUCAA